AUGCCUUCAUCCGUAUUCAGGAAAAUUGCGGCGAUUCAUGGUUGGAGGAGCGAAUACUUAAAGGGCACAAUGGAUUCAAGCGAAGCAAAGGACACACCAUCUUGUGACUGGAGUGCCAAAAGUCUUGGCAUGAAUUGCUUGGCUACGACCAUAAUCAUCACCUGCAAGCCCACAUUGAUCUCGGAUAUGGCCGUGGCUAUUGAUCCAUUCAGUGACCAGUUCCCUUACUUUAACCGAUCCUCACAAAGAUGCAGACUCCAAUCUCUCACCAACCUUGACUUCAACUUCCUUGAAUCUAACCUCAAACAAUCCUUUAACCCAACUUCUCAAGAUGACAACUUCCAUCGAAGCUUCUCCUCUCCUUGCUUCUCCAUAGCUUCCUCUGCUAACAUGGACGAAGACUCGAAAGCAACCGCUGCUCCACGGAUUGAGAUUCUUGGUGGACAGAGAGUCCCCACCGUUCGUGCCCUUGUGGCUGAGGUGACCAUGGCUAUGGUCUCUGGAGCUCAGCCUCUGCUUUUACCUAGUGGCUUAGGAGGUGCUUAUCUCUUGCAAACCGGAAAUGGACAUAACAUUGCUGUGGCUAAACCGGUUGAUGAAGAGCCUUUAGCCUUAAACAAUCCUAAAAAAUCUGGAAGUCUGAUGCUUGGGCAACCGGGAAUGAAACAUUCUAUACCUGUUGGUGAAACCGGUAUACGAGAGUUAGCUGCUUACCUUCUUGAUUACAAUGGCUUCUCUGGUGUUCCACCAACAGCUUUGGUUAGUAUCUCGCAUGUCCAGUUUCAUGUCAGUGAUGCCUUCUCCUUCUCCUCUGUGCCCUAUAAGGUUGCUUCCUUGCAACGUUUUGUGGGUCAUGAUUUUGAUGCGGGAGAGCUAGGUCCAGGGAGCUUCACAGUUACCUCUGUUCAUAGGAUUGGGAUACUCGAUGUGAGAGUCAUGAACCUUGACAGACACGCCGGGAAUAUGCUAGUGAAGAAGAGAUGUGACCAAGACAAGAAGGGUUAUAAUCGACUUGGGACAGCUGAGCUUGUGCCUAUAGAUCAUGGUCUCUGCCUCCCUGAGUGCCUAGACGAUCCUUACUUUGAAUGGCUAAACUGGCCUCAAGCUUUGGUUCCAUUCUCAGACACUGAGCUGCAGUAUAUUUCCAAUCUGGACCCUUUCAAAGACGCAGAGCUUCUGAGGAAUGAGCUACACUCUUUGCCGGAAUCUGCCAUACGAGUCCUCAUCGUAUGUACGGUUUUCUUGAAACAAGCAGCAGCUGCACGGCUCUGUCUCGCAGAGAUUGGCGAGAAGAUGACUCGGGAUUUCUCUAGAGGUGAAGAUAGUUUCAGUAUGUUGGAGACCCUCUGCACCAAAGCCAAGCUAAGUGUAGUUGGCAAAACUGGAGAAGGCGGUGACUAUAGCUACGAAGGAAAUGAAGUGAACGCGGAGCCAGUGUAUGGAAUGUUGAAGUUUGAUGGUGGAGAUACCCCAUCUGAAGUGGAGAUUUCCGAGGUCUUUCAUGUAUCUAAACCACCUUUGGCUCCAAAAGGGCCACGUGCAAACUCCAUUCCUGCCAAUGUAUCUGCUUCGAUGUUGUCCUCUGUGAAUGCAAAAGAAAAGAAGAGAGGAAGCACCAUGAGGAGCAGGAGCCCGCCGAUGUGUGUGAACCAUGCUGAAUCAGAAGGUGUUUCUUUCGGGGACAUGACAACAGUUGAAUGGGAUAUGUUCCUGCAGAGCUUCCAGACACUUUUGCAAGAUGCACUGAGCAAAGGUUCAACGCUAAGAUCAGGAAAACAGUAA